UUGAAGGAACCAACUUCUCUAUAUAUAAGAAAACCAACCUUAACUUCCACAAACACAAGCUCAUCAUCAUUCUCUUGCCACCCCAGUAUUCCAUCUCUCGCUUAUAUAUAUAAUUUCUGCAUAAAGUUGAACACAUUUCUUGUGUAUAUAUAUAGAAGUAGUUUAAGAGUAAGAAAAUGGAGUUUGUGAAGAAGUGGAAGAGAGUACUGGGAAGAAGCAAGAGAUUGUAUCCGGAGAACAGCGUAAGUGGAAGCUAUGGCAGAUUGAGAAACAAAGAAAGACAACAUAGGAAGAAGGCUUGUGUGGCUCCACAAGGUUGUCUUUGUGUCUACGUUGGACCCGAGAGAGAGAGAUUCGUUAUCAAGAUCGAGAUAGCGAACCACCCUUUGUUCAAAGAGCUUCUGGAUGGUGCUGAGAGAGAAUAUGGGUAUAGAAACGAUGGUCCCUUGUGUCUCCCUUGCCACGUUGACUUGUUCUGUGAAGCACUGACGGAGAUGGAAAUCGGCACCGCGGAAGAAGGUGUUAUGGGUUCUCGUAGUUACAGGCACAAUUCAUGUUCAGUUUCUGAUACCAGAUGUAGAUAUUCGAGAGGGUCUUUCUCUGAUUGUUAUUAUGAAAACCUUGUGAAUUGAGAUUAUUGAAACAGAUUCGACGAUAUGAAAAAGGAACAUAUGGUAGAUUAGAACAUGCUUGUUUUAGUUUAAAUUUUUUGGUGAGUUCAUCAGUUUUGAUGUUUGUUAGCAGUUCUUGGCAAAGGAUCUAGGGUUGGAUUGUUCCAAAUAUAAAAUUGA